AUGGCGACUAGGCAGCGAAGGCACUUCGCCCAUCCGCAACACCUGCUUCUCCGGACGCACUACAGCACCACCUCGAGCCAUUUCUGCGACAUCUGCCGAACCAACGUCGCCGGCAUGGUCGGCUACCGCUGCAACACCUGCGACAUCGACAUCCACGACGCCUGCGCCGAUUACUUCGAGGAGACAGUCUCCUUCUUCGCCCACCCGUGGCACACCCUCACGCUCAGCACCAUCCCCGACGACGAUACCAACAGGUGGUCGUGCGACCUCUGCACGGAAAGCUGUCCCCGGGGAAGCUUCGUCUACCGCUGCGCACAGUGCGGCUUCGACGCUCACCCACUGUGCACGCUGCUCCCGCAGACGAUCCGUAGCCCGCUUCACCCGCAGCAUGAUCUCAACAUGGCCCCUUCAUGGGGGACAUGCUCAGCGUGUCAUCAAGGCCUGAACAUGUGGCACUACCGCUGUGGAUUUUGCCUCUAUAAGCUGCACGUCGUGUGCCCCUCUGGCGCGGCAAACGCUGGCCAAGGUGACACCAGCCGUUCUCACAACGCUGGUGCUGGUGCUGCUGCUGCUACGCCGGGCUCGAGCCGCGCCACUCGUAUCGCCAAGUUCCUCCUCAGGACAAGUCUCAACAUCGCGAUCAACGCAGCAACCGGCGCGCUGGCAACACCGGUGCUCGAUGUCCUUGCCACGGCCUUGGAUGAUCAGGAGUGA